AUGGCGAACCAGGACUACGAAGACCGCCAACAGCCGCAGGAGCUCGGGUACGACCCGAACUUCGUCCCGGAUUCUGUGAAAUCGUUCGUGGUUCACCUCUAUCGUCACAUCCGCGAGAAGAAUGUGUACGAGAUCCACCAGAUGUAUGAGAGCUCAUUCCAGACCCUGUCUGAGCGGCUCUUCAAGGACACGCCGUGGCCCUCCGUUGACGCCGUUGCACACUAUGUAGACAAUGACCACGUGUUUUGCCUACUCUACCGUGAAAUGUGGUUCCGCCACCUCUACGCGCGCCUCACACCCACGCUCCGCCAGCGCAUCGAUUCCUGGGACAACUACUGCAGCCUGUUCCAGGUCGUCCUCCACGGCGUCGUCAAUAUGCAGCUCCCCAACCAAUGGCUCUGGGACAUGGUCGACGAGUUCGUCUACCAGUUCCAGAGCUUCUGCCAGUACCGCGCCAAGAUGAAGAACAAGACCGAACAGGAGAUCGCACUCUUGCGCCAGUUCGACCAGGCCUGGAAUGUUUAUGGGGUUUUGAACUUCCUUCAGGCGCUGGUGGAGAAGAGUGCCAUUAUUCAGAUUCUGGAGCAGGAGAAGGAGGGACUCGUGCAGUUUACGGCCACGGAUGGGUACGAUUACAAUGGGGGGAGUAAUGUGCUGAAGGUCUUGGGGUAUUUUAGUAUGGUGGGAUUACUCAGGGUUCAUUGCUUGUUGGGGGAUUAUCACACUGGGAUCAAGUGUUUGCUUCCUAUUGAUAUUAGUCAACAAGGGGUUUAUACUAGUGUUAUUGGGAGUCACAUCACCACCAUUUAUCACUAUGGUUUCGCCAAUCUCAUGCUCCGCAGAUAUGUGGAAGCAAUUCGAGAAUUUAACAAAAUUCUCUUGUACAUCUUCAAGACAAAACAAUAUCACCAGAAAUCACCCCAAUAUGAGCAGAUACUGAAGAAGAAUGAACAAAUGUAUGCCUUGCUGGCAAUUUGCCUUUCACUCUGCCCCCAAAGCAGGCUUGUUGAUGAAACUGUGAAUUCUCAGUUACGGGAGAAGUAUGGUGAAAAGAUGGCUCGAAUGCAGAGAUAUGAUGAUGAGGCAUUUGCCAUCUAUGAUGAGCUAUUCUCAUAUGCAUGCCCUAAGUUCAUCACCCCUUCAGCUCCUAGUUUCGAGGAGCCUCUAGUCAAUUACAAUCAAGAUGCCUAUAGACUUCAAUUGAAACUGUUCCUUUAUGAAGCAAAACAACAACAGUUGUUAUCAGGUGUCCGGACCUUCUUGAAAGUGUACUCAACAAUCUCCCUUGCAAAACUUGCGAGUUAUAUGGAAGUUGACGAACCUACCUUAAGGACUAUCUUGAUGACAUACAAGCACAAGACACAUGCUGUUGAUAGUGAUUUAAAAAUUACAUCCAAUGCGGACGUAGAUUUCUAUAUUGAUGAUGACACAAUUUAUGUCGUGGAGUCUAAGCCUGCCAAACGUUAUGGUGAUUACUUUUUGCGUCAGAUUGUCAAGCUUGAAGGGGUUAUUAAUGAGAUGGACGGUAUAAAGCUGGAGUGA